AAAAUGCUAGUGAGCCAAAUUACGCAAAUGUCCACGUCAAUUAUAUAUAGACGCUACGCUCAUACUUAAAAUAACCUACACUAAUUAUAAAAUUCAAGUGUGUAAUAUGAUUAUUAAAAUACUAAUAAGAAGAUAUCUCAUAAUACGAAUGAUUGUGUCAAAUCGAUCGUGCUUGUUGUGGUACUCGGGUUUUAAAAAACUUAACUCUUCUGUCCCGUAUCGCCUUAAAAACGUAAGAAUUUUCUAGGCAAUGUCGCAGCAAUGUUGUGGCUCUAAAGACGGUUGAUUGACAGACUGCUACAACCAAUCCGCGUCCGGAAUGACUGUUUUCUUCGCGCAAGAUUCAUCUCUUGUCCAAUGGUUGUGCACUAAAGGCGUGGCUGGGAAGGAACGGUACAAAAACACGUGAUGAGCUUUAAGGCUACAGCGCCGUUUUAGGCAAGGCUUUACAUAAUGAGAGCGAAAGCAAGUGUUGCGCAUUUAUUAAUGUAAAAUGACCGGCGAUCGCACAGCCUGAAUUAACUAAAACAAAAACUAAUCAAAGAUGCGUAUCACUGAUCUAGCCAUGGAGACCAAAAGAUACCAAGGAUUCUUUGAAGGAGCCGACAGCGCAAACAGAUGGGAUCGGAGGUCUAGUGCAGCUGAGUACUGCUGCGCCGUGCAGGAGGAGAUCGGGACCAGCGGCGCUUUACUUAUGGAUGUGGUGAACAUCAGCCCUGCUCCCAGCUCAUUGGCAGCUGGCUACCUGGAGAACGAGGAGGAAAAGAGGGACCUGUCCUCUCUCUGUCUGGAUCAGCAGCACUGUGCUUACCCACAGUCAGACAGCACGUCCAGCAGUGUGAAGCUGGAGAUGGAUGCUAAAGAACUUUCCAGAACUGUCGCGGACUCUAUGGGCUUGUAUAUGGAUGUGGCAAGGGAGCUAGACUAUGGCUUUGGUCAGCAGGGUCCGCAGGGGGGUGGGGUCGAUGGUGCAGGGAAGCUGUUUUCCAGCAGCCGUCAAAGCCCAGCAGGAAGCCAGGGGAGUCCAAAGCUGAAGGCCGCAGAUUUGUUGUGUUCCACAUCCUACCCCUCUGCAUCACACCCCUGUAGCAUGCUGACUGCAGUUGACUGUUCCUCCGAUGAGGCUUUGGCCUCAACCCUCGGUGGCAGCCCACAAACCUUUAACAGUUCCAUUUCUAGUCCUACCAAUAACAGCUUAAUGUCUUCAAAUGCUAGCUGUACUACUUCAGCAAAUCCUGCCUCAGCUCUCAGUAGUCCCAUACGCCAAGCCUCGUCAACACCCAGUCUUGCCCUCAUUAAUCGGCAGAGAAUUUCCACAUCUGGCAGCCCUGCUAGUACGAUAAAUAUGGGAUCCCCCCUUGGAAGUCCUGGUAGCCUAAUGAGGUCGCCUCUUUCCAGUCCGCAAAGCAUGAGAUCUUCUGUUUCGAGCCCGAUUGGUGGCAGCAGCAAUAUGCAGACCUCGAUCUCGAGCCCGAAAAGCAUCGGUACUGCAGCUGUUUCAAGCCCUCCCAUCUCUACAGGGUUCUCCAUUGCGGGCUCUGCCAGCGGGUGCCCGCUAAUACAGACUGACAUUCACAGCCCGGGAAGGACAGACCAAGACUUCAAAGGUUUUGAUUUCCCAAAAGUGGAACCGGUUGAUGGAGAACAAUACAGUGUUGCCCUGGAUCAGCUAGGUAUGGUGAAGUAUAUAAAGAAUGAGCCGAACACUGACUCAAGGGCAAUUUGUCAGAGGGGCAACACAAUAAACAUGGCUAGCCCGCCUUUUUCCAUGCAAAUAAAGACUGAACUGAAGAGAGACGCCUCUGUGACUCCUAACUACAAUGGGCAUCACCAUUCUUCAGGUGGUUUCCCAGCCUCAGAUACCACUUAUUUGUCGUUGAGGGAUAAUAUUGAUGCAUAUAGCCUUUCUGGAAUAUUAGGACCACCUGUUCCCUCACUCAACAGCGACUAUGAAGCUGAAGUGUUUUCUAAUGACAUGUUGCCCAAGGGAAUUAAACAGGAGUCUAAGGAGGACAGCUACCUCCAGGGGAAUAGCGACUCACAGACGGCGGCCGUCGUUGGUGUUAAUUCAGGUGGACAUUCAUUUCAUUACCAGAUCGGAGCGCAAGGAACAAUGUCGUUUCCUGGACACGACGCGGGGGACCAGACAGGUCCCCUGCUGAAUCUCAUUUCUCCUGUUGCUGCGUUGAUGGAGAGCUGGAAAUCUCGUUCCAUCAUGGCCCAGGACUCUCUGUCGUCCCGAGGAGAGAUUUUCCUGGGUCAGCAGUGCAUCACAGACGUGUCGAGCCCCCUGAGAACCUCAUCUUCCGGCACCACAGCCAAAGUGUGCCUGGUCUGCGGGGAUGAGGCCUCCGGCUGCCAUUACGGGGUCAUCACCUGUGGCAGCUGCAAGGUCUUCUUCAAGAGAGCCGUGGAGGGUCAGCACAACUACCUAUGUGCCGGGCGAAACGACUGCAUUAUUGACAAGAUCCGGCGCAAGAACUGCCCGGCAUGCCGCGUCAGAAAGUGUCUGCAGGCAGGAAUGAAUCUGGGAGCAGCCAGGAAGUCCAAGAAGCUGGGGAAGCUGAAAGGGGGUGGCGACCCCCCGCCGCCGGAUCCCAAGGAGGGCCUGGAGCCCGAGACAGAGCUCAGCGGCGCCGCCCUGGUGCCACUCUCACCGGGGGUGACGGCACACCUGUCGCCCACCAUCUGCAGUGUGCUGGAGCUCAUCGAGCCGGAGGUGGUGUACGCAGGUUACGACAACACCCAGCCGGACACCACCGACCACCUGCUGUCCAGCCUCAACCAGCUGGCCGGGAAGCAGAUGAUCCGGGUGGUCAAGUGGGCCAAAGUGCUUCCAGGCUUUAGGGUUCUGCCCAUCGAGGAUCAGAUCACGCUCAUCCAGUACUCCUGGAUGUGCCUCUCCUCCUUCGCCCUCAGCUGGAGAUCCUACAAACACACCAACGGACAGAUGCUUUACUUCGCGCCCGAUUUGGUUUUCAACGAGGAGCGCAUGCAGCAGUCAGCCAUGUACGACCUGUGUGUGGGCAUGAGGCAGGUCAGCCAGGAGUUCGUGCGGCUGCAGCUGACCCAUGAGGAGUUCCUUGCCAUGAAGGUUCUGCUGCUUCUCAGCACAGUUCCUAAAGAUGGCCUGAAGAACCAGGCCACUUUCGAAGAGAUGCGGAUGAACUACAUCAAGGAGCUGCGGAGAUCCAUAGCCAAGAGCACGGGGCCUGCGGGCCAGACGUGGCCACGCUUCUACCAGCUCACGAGGCUCCUGGAUGCCAUGCAUGAUCUGGUGGGGAAUCUUCUGGACUUCUGCUUCUACACCUUCCGGGAAUCCCAGGCGCUGAAGGUGGAAUUUCCUGAGAUGCUGGUGGAGAUCAUUAGUGACCAGAUACCAAAGGUAGAAUCAGGUCUGACCCACACACUCUACUUUCACAAAAAAUGACUCCGGAGGGAAACGUUGCAGAAGAGGAGGAGCUGCCUUAAAUUAGCCCGAGCCGGUCAGCCCCCGUCAGAUUCCAGAGAGCCGGGAGCUUGGCGUACCACCAGCUCUGGUCAGCUGGACCAUCCAGGAGGAGAACAGCGGUGGACGACACUGAAAAGGACCGAACGUCUGCCCCCCCAAAGACCACUGCUUCAGUGGACAUGAAGCCAUAGGUCGCACCUCGGUAUAACCUCGGUAUAACACUCUCAGUCACUUGAACCUUAACUUGCAAGUCCUUUAAUCACGCCUGAUAAAAGAUGCAGGAUGCCAAUACCUGUAUCUAAUGAUGAUUUCAGCAGAGACUGUUCUGUUUUAAAGGAGCCAUCACACACACACACACACACACACACACACACACUUAUACCCUAUAGACAUCCCUGAGGAAAUUUAGGACAUCUAUAAGGGCAAAUGCAGGUGUAAAUGUGAUGUAAUUUAAGGGCUUAACCAACGAAACCAUGCUGUAAAUUUAAAGAGAUACGAUUCAGCUUAUCUGAAUAACAGAUACACGUGACCUCAGCGGCAUGGAGCGGAAGAGGAGGGGAAGAGGAUGACGUCACGUUCCAACGGCACAUCCCAGUGACCGUAGGCGAGAGGUGACAUGCACACAAGUUUGGGGGCUACUAUGUGGUUUCUAGCUUCAAAGGAGUAUGCGAGUUUCCGCACCAGCCUAAAGUUCUUUUCAUAUUGAAUUAAUGUGAGUUACAUGGAGAAAAGACGUGAAUCUCACCUCAUCUCCUUACUAUGUGCGGUGGGCCGACAAUAACAUUCCCUGGAUUUUUUAAACCGGUCUCCCAGUGUCUAUAGUUAAAAACUAGCGCUCUGUGCAAAACCCCAAAAAUUCCAGGAGCCAGAAUACGGAUUUCACAUUCUUAUAAGUAGGCCUAUGUUUUAGUCUGCUCAGAUUGACGAUAAUUUGUAACAAGGUCCAUGUAGCACAGCAUUAAAAAUAUAUAUCUAAACACGUAGGCUGAAAAGACGUCCUCAUAAAGGACAAUGAAAAACUGAAGAUUGGCAAAAACUUAAAUUACAUCUGGGACCUGAAAUUGAACUUAUAAAUCGCCCUUCAAAAGUGCCCGAAAAAAAUUUGUACUUGACAAAAGCCUGUAAAUUUCAUCCCUUCCAACCAAACCAAACCAUCAUCUUAAAGCUUAAAUUUAUACUCCACAAAGUAGCGUAACAAAUGCAUUAAUGCUAGUAGUCCAUAUCACAGCUGCCUACGCAUUAAACGAUAUUAUGGAACUGUCUGUCGUCACCGGGUGAGUUCUGGAGGGGCUUGUCUUGUAUGUGAUGCACCAGAAACACCCGAUGAGAGCUGAAAAGCAGCGAUCAGCAAGACUGCAAGUGAGUCUAAUUUGGGAGGAGAAUCGGGAGGGUCAGUAGUGAUCUGCCUUUCCGGUUGUCAUCCCUCCUUUAGGAAUGUCUGCCGCCUACUUCACACACAAGUUAUCGGGCAUUAGUAUUCUUUAAUUUUUCUUAGUCGAAAGAAAAUGUGUGUAUAUAUAUAUCUUCUUACAUUGAACCUGCAAAGAUUUUAUAAUAUGGUCUUGCAUUUGACCUGCAAUGGAAGGAGGACGGAAACUACACAAGGAUGACAUUAAUAUGAUAAAAUGAAGAGCGAGUUCGUAGUUUACCCACAAACGAUUCCUGCUCUCUUUGCAGCCCUGUAUAUUGCUGUCUAUAAAUUGAGGAUUCUGAGAUAAGCUACAAAGAUGUACGAUACUAUGUGAUAAUGGGCUGUAGGAAGGACGAGAAAGUAUUUUUUGGAAGAAUUAUAUUUUGUCGGAAAACAUGUAAGUCCAUUUUUUUUAAAUAUAUUUUUUGUAAAGUAAAA